UCAAUGCGGAGCUGUUUGUCUGUAGCUGCUGUGUGUUUACCGAGCGCAUCAUGAGAGAUAUCUGCUUCAUUAAUGUCAGAAUGAUUAUUAAAAUAGUUUAAUAUCUGAAAAGCAUCAUGAGUGGCGCGUGCAGGGAGGUGGUGACUCUCCAGCUGGGACAUUAUUCCAACUUUAUCGGGACGCAUUGGUGGAAUUUACAGGAUGCUGGUCUGGUGUAUGAUGCGGAUGUGCCGGCCGGUGAGCUCCAGAGUGACGUGUUGUUCAGAGAAGGGCUGACUCUGGCAGGCCACGUCACAUACACCCCUCGCCUCAUCGCCGUCGACCUCAAAGGAAGUCUUCAGACGCUGAGGAAGGAAGGCAGUCUUUAUGACACUGAGAAUGAAAACAGCGCCUUUACAUGGGAUGGACAGAUUAUGACGCAUCAGGAAAGUCCUCCCAGCAAAAACCCCUUCCUGCAGGAGCUGGAUAAUCUGGAUACAGGAGGUUUACUAGCAGAGCCAGAUUUCACACAUCUUACGUCUGCGGUGGACAACUGCUCAGCAGUGCCCGGAGCCAGUGUUGCCGUGGAGACAAUAAACAGCAGUCUGGAGCGCAUACAGAAAUCCUAUAGGCUGGAGGGAAGCGUGAGGGUGUGGUCAGAUUUCCUGAGGCUCCACCUACAUCCUCGCACUAUAUCUGUCAUUAACCAGUACAACCAUGACGGUGAAUCUGAUCGUCUGGAAGUGUUUGGCCAGGGGGAGGCGCUGUUACAGGGUCAGGUGUUGGAGGAUCUGGAGGACCGGCUGCAUUUCUUCAUUGAGGAGUGUGACUAUCUGCAGGGCUUUCAGGUGUUGUGUGACCUCACAGACGGGUUUUCAGGAUUGGGGUCAAAGGUCACGGAGUAUCUGCAGGACUCUUAUGGAGGGCGUGGCAUCCUGACAUGGGGCGUGGCUCCUGUCAAUCACCCGGACACGAGCUCUAUGAAGGACCUUUACCACAUGAUGAACUGCGCAUUAGGGACGCUUCAGAUGGCCAAUCACAGCUCACUAUUCUGUCCUUUGACCCUGAGGGGUGGUCUAUGCCGACGCCCACCUCCACCCACAGCCUUCCCAUUGCUCAACUAUGAUCCGCUGCUGUGGUAUCACUCCAGCUCAGUUCUGGCUCUGGCUUUAGAUGCGCUGACGGUUUCCUACAGGCUGAGAGACUGCAGCGCCACCAUGUGGCAGCUCUCAGACGCGCUCACCGCCUCUGGGAGGAAGGUGGUUUCAGCGUAUGGCUCUGUGCCGUUUCCCAUGAUGCUCGGCGGCUGUCUGCCAGACGCUCUGGAUGCGUUUUCUGAUGUUUUGCCCUGGAGAUCCCUCUCUGCCUGUCCUGAGAUCAGUGACGGACGCUUCUGCUUCAGCCAAUCGGUCACUCUGAAGGGUGUGGAUGAGCAGAGUUUAGUCAGUCGUUUACUCCCUGGUAUGGAGGCGCCUAGUCCUCUGCACUACGAGCGUUCAGGAGAGGAUGUUCUGUCUGCAUACAUCAGGUCACAUUACCCAUCAUCCCCACUGGCGGUUCAGCUGGUCUCCAGUGGCAGUAAAGUGACUCCUCCGUUCCCACAGAUCUUCAAUCCGUCUCUCAGCCCUCAGGGUUUCCUCCAGAGCCACAGCACUCCUGGCUCCCCUUCCUGUCCGCCUGUGUCAUGUCUUCCUGUGCUGACGUCUCUCCAGAGCAGUCCUGCCGUGGGUCUCCAGCUGUCGGAGCUGCAGAAAGCGUGUGCAGCGCUGGACCUGCGGCGUGUGGCCCCCAGUUUCCUCACGCACGGCCCCGAACAUGCAGAAGUCAGCGAAUAUCUGGAGCAGCUCCGCAGCCUCGCGCACUGCUACCGACAGAGCCACAGCUGCUCUUCAUCAGAGGAGGAUGAUGAUGAUGAAUAUUAGAUCUCAUCUGUACUGGUACUAUCAUGCCUGAAUGAUUGAGCUGCGUUUAAAGCAUGCAGGGAAUUAUGGGAAAUGAAGUCCCUGAACAUGCUACACACAAAACAGCAGGAGCAUUUUGAUGAUUCUUGCUGCUUUUUCCAAAAUGCUUGUUUAAAAUGAGCUGAAUCAACACAAUUCUUCAGUUUUUUGGGACAACUUAAGUGUUUUAUGUUCAAUGCACUUAAAUUUGUAGCUUGAAGGAAUUGUGUGGAGCCCAGCAUUUUAUACAGUGGCGAUAACACACAUUUCUAGCAUGUAAACCUGCUUUUCUGUUUUGUUGAAGCACCUUAAAGGGACAGUUCACUGAAAAAAUAUGGGUCACACUUUACAAUAGGGUUUCAUUUGUUAAUGUGUUUACUAACAUGAAUUAAUAAUGAACAAUACUUGUACAGCAUUUAAUAAUCAUCGUUCAACAUUUACUAAUGUAUUAUUAACAUACAAAUUGACAUUGGACCUUGAGGUAACAUGAACUAACAAUGAACAAAUGUAUUUUUAUUGACGAACAUGAACAAAUACUGUAGUAAAUGUAUUGCUGAUUGUUUGUUCAUGUUAGUAAAUGCGGUAACU